AUGAUGCGUGCUGCAGGCACUACACCACCCACAGGCAUGUCGGCGCUUCAUCUGUCAGCGUACGAGGGAGAUGCGAACCUUGUGCGAGGGAGGAUUGAGCUGGGAGAAGAUCCUAACGCGAGAGACGAGGACGGACGAACCCCCUUGCAUUGGGCUGCCGCGGGAGGACAUCAGGCUUUGGUAGAGUACUUGGCCGGGCUCCCAGGGGCCUUGAUCAACACCCAGGAUGAAGACGGGCUGUCACCCUUAGCGAGCGCCGUGGCUGCCAACAAGAUUGUCGUAGCCGCGUUCCUGCUCGGGAAGGGGGCCGACCCCAAGGCUAGGACAAAUUCAAGGCAAGCGGUUCUACACUUCCAUAAAGCCCGUCCGGAGGUCAUACGCCUUUUACUCCCAUACCUUUCAAUUGCCGACGUGAACGCUCAGGACAAGUGGGGGAAUACGCCACUCCAUCGCUGUAUCUGCGGGGAGAGCCAAGACCAUCUGGAUGCGCUCGACUUGCUGCUGGAGGCCGGAGGCAGGCCCAACACUGGGGACAACACAGGAAAUACCGCGUUGCAUCGCGCGACAGAGGAAGGGCUGAAGAAGCUUGCCAGUCGCCUGAUAGAGGCGGGCGCUGAUGCUUCGCGGCUGAACAAGGAGGGCGAAAAAGCGGCUCCCUGACGCAUCUUAAUUUAGGUUUUCUGAAGGAGGUGCCAAGAGGCGAGGGAAUGAAACAUUCCUUCGAUCCUCGCGCCAGUUAGCUGGAUAGAAACACAGGCGAACAUGGCGCCCCCUUGGAACGUGACGGUAGUUGUCGAAUUUCCCCUGGAGAGGUGCUUGGUUUGAGGAAGACGACAGCCUGUGGUCUGCUCGUGUUCUUCGCUUGUACAAGUAUCGGUGUACACGGCAUGUGUGUUGCAAACCACGACUUUUCGGGCAGAGCGCUGACGUGCAUCGGGCUUGGACGGUGCCACGUUCGGUUUGUGGUGAGCUUGGUGCCAUUCUCUUGCUUCCGGGAAGCUGUUCCGAGUAUGGCCUAGGCAAAUCCAAGAACGAUCGCUGUUUGGACGUGUUCGAUUGCUCUCUCCCUGCGGCCGUGCACGUACCGUUGACGUUCGUACUUACCGGUACACCUCGACGACCUCUUCCAUGUGGUGCACUUCUCAACCCCAACGAUAGUAACCAACGCGUUCCCAUGUUUUCCCAUUAGAACCAAUUCGACGUCAGCUUGGGCAUGUGUCCGGCGCUCGUGCGUAAGCAGAUAACGUCGUUGCUGAAGUUGUGUCGCCAAAUGCUCUGGAGUAGGUCGGCUUGGGCGGGAGGAUUGACGGAAGCCAUUGAGGAAGUCGUGUUGUUCGACGGCCUCAAAGUGACAUCGGGUGCAGCCGUGCCUGUGUCAAGUGUGCUGUCGGUUGCUCUACCGUCCAAUCAAUGAAGCCGUUUGGUCGGGGUCGGGAUCCCUUCAAUCGCUUUCGUUCAGCUAUGUUUUAUUCAAUGCAUAUCAGGAGUCGUAUGGCCGAAUUCCCUCAAAACAGUUAGAGUUGGGUGAAGUCUUCCCCGAUCGUGAGAAGUCGAGUGGCCAAACUCUAUGCAAAGUGUGACUCUUUUUGCGGAAGAUAGACCAUCACUAUUCUGACUUUGAGGCGCACCACCACCUACAAAUGUGCGCGUGGCGGGCAAGAAAAUCUGUCCCUGGUACUGCUUCCAAAGUAGGCACCUCAACACGCUACGAGGCAAUAGACAUCGUCUUUUGACCGCCUUAGCUCCGGGACUUCGCGCGGUCAACAGCGCGACGUCGUCAAUGUCAGUGACUGGCUUGUGGGAAACAACCGACUGAUAGAUUGCAGCCUCAUUCCUGCUAAAAAUGCACGGGUGGCCAGAGGCAGGUUGUGGGUAGGUUGGGGCACUCAACACAACCUGGGGGGGGGAGGUUGUAGGGAGGUUGCAGCCCAAAGCGUGCAAGUUAUCCCGCAUCUUGGAUAGUGGCGUUAUUGCAAUCAACACGACGGGCUGCAAGCCUG